AUGAGGGCAAUUGAGAUCGCAGGCCGUCGAGGCGCGAGCCUUCGGCAAUUAAUAGCACGAAGCCGCCGAGGAGACGUCACACGCCCCCGAUCGUUUGCGACCCCUACAUUCGAAACCUCGAACCCACGGAUCCCGCCCUAUCUUAAGCUCGUCAAGAACUAUGAAAAGGUCAAGGAAGUCCUCGGGAGGGGUAGCGCUCUCACCCUGGCCGAGAAGAUCCUCUAUAGCCAUCUGGACAAUGCUGAGGAGUCAUUGCUGACCAACACAAACGGCGGACGAGACAUUCGGGGCACCGCCAAUCUAAAGCUCAAACCUGACCGCGUCGCCAUGCAGGAUGCCUCGGCCCAAAUGGCCCUUCUCCAGUUCAUGACCUGCAACCUGCCUACAACUGCUAUCCCUGCGAGUAUCCACUGCGACCACCUUAUUGUUGGUGAAAACGGCGCGAAGUCUGAUCUGGAGUCCGGCAUUAAGAUGAACCAAGAAGUCUUCGAUUUCCUGGAGUCUGCCGGAAAGAAGUACGGCAUAGAAUUCUGGCCACCUGGCGCUGGUAUCAUCCACCAGAGUGUCCUCGAGAACUAUGCCGCCCCUGGUCUUAUGAUGCUGGGUACCGAUAGCCACACGCCUAACGCUGGAGGUCUCUCAACCAUCGCGAUUGGCGUUGGUGGUGCUGAUGCCGUUGAAGCCCUCGUUGGUGCGCCUUGGGAAUUGAAGGCACCUCGCGUCCUCGGUGUGAAGCUGAUCAACAAGCUCAGCGGCUGGGCUUCGCCGAAAGAUAUUAUCCUGAACCUCGCAGGACAAUUAACAGUUCGUGGUGGUACUGGCUACAUUAUUGAGUACUUUGGACCUGGCGUCGAGACGCUUAGCUGCACAGGCAUGGCCACCGUCUGCAACAUGGGAGCCGAAGUUGGCGCCACAACCUCGAUCUUCCCAUUCAACUCAGCCCAUGUGCGAUACCUCGAAUCUACCCACCGACGUGAUGUAGCUGCUGAGGCUAAGAAAUUCUCCGACCUUAUCUCCUUAAGGGCCGAUGAGGGUGCUCACUACGAUGAUGUUAUUACGAUCGAUCUAGCUACAUUAGAACCUCACAUCAAUGGCCCCUUCACCCCUGAUCUAUCUACGCCGUUAUCCCAGUUUAAGAAAACAGUACAAGACGAGAAAUGGCCCGAAAAGCUUUCAGCCGGUCUGAUAGGUAGCUGCACAAACAGUUCCUAUGAGGAUAUGACUCGUGUAGAAAGCAUGGUCCGCGAGGCUUUAGAAGCUGGCGUGAAACCAGCGUCUGACUUCUACAUCACCCCUGGAAGUGACCAGAUUAGGGAAACUUUGCGCCGAGAUGGACCUCUUGACACUUUCAAGGAAGCUGGCGGCACGGUACUUUCGAACGCUUGUGGUCCUUGCAUCGGUCAAUGGAAGCGCCAAGAUGGAGUCGAGAAGGGCACUCCUAAUGCUAUCCUUACCUCGUAUAACCGCAACUUCCGGGGCCGCAACGACGGCAACCUAGACACGAUGAACUUCUUAGCGUCUCCCGAGAUUGUCACGGCUAUGACAUUCGCGGGUAGCACUACCUUCAACCCCAUGACAGAUUCUCUGCAGACAGCUGACGGCAAGGAGUUCCGCUUCACGCCACCCUCAGGCAAGGAAAUUCCCCUACAGCCGUUUGAAAUCGCACGGGAAGAGUUCCGACCCAUAACAUCGGCCCCAGACCCGUCCGUUGAAAUUGCCAUCUCCCCCAGCUCAUCCCGUCUUGCUCUCCUGGAGCCCUUUGAGCCAUUCCCUGCGUCCGAACUGAAGGGCAUGAAAGUGCUCGUGAAGGUAACGGGCAAGUGCACCACUGACACCAUCUCCGCUGCCGGGCCUUGGCUGAAAUACAAGGGGCACCUUCCCAACAUCAGCGCCAACACGCUAAACACAGCGACCAACGCCGAAACAGGCGAGGUCAACGUCGCUUAUGAUACGGACGGCUCCAAACACACCAUCCCUGAGCUCGCGCAGCGCUGGCGGGACGCCUCACAGCCUUGGCUCGUCGUCGCCGAGCACAACUACGGCGAGGGAAGCGCGCGCGAGCACGCCGCGUUGCAACCCCGAUACCUGGGCGCCCGCGUGGUGCUCACCAAGAGCUUCGCCCGCAUCCACGAGACGAACCUCAAGAAGCAGGGCGUGGUACCCCUGACAUUCGCAAACGAGGCCGACUACGACCGCAUCAACGCCUGCGACGAGGUCGAGACAGUCGGCUUGCUGGACAUGUUGCGCAACGGCGGAAAAGGCGACGUCUCGCUGCGCGUCAAGAAUUUCCGCACCGGCGAGGAGACCCUGAUCCCCACGAAACACGCCGUGAGCCGCGAUCAAGCGGAGUUCAUACUUGCGGGCAGCGCCUUGAACUUGUUGUCUCAGAAAUCAUAG